GUUAUUCUCGUACUUUUGUGAGUGCCUAAAUGCUGCAAUUGAAACUGCAAAGCGCGAAGGAAGGUAAGUAUUGUUUUUGUUACUGACCAGUUAAUUUCUAAGAAACUAAGUUCUUCACCCCGAAGCGUCGAUCUCUUAUAUUAAGCUUAGGGUCAAUAAAGCUUGGUUCUUGCACGAUAAGAUUUGUGUCGCAUGCAUCCUCGAAAAAAUAUUGGUCUCGCAUUCAUACCCUGGACACAAAUGAAUAACAUUGCUUGAUAAUUCUUAGGUAUAGUGAAGGCGUGACAGACGUAUCUGGAUCUUCAAUCACGAUGGUCGGCGCUGCCCAGCCUGUUUUUAGCGACUUUCAAAGAGGCCUCAUGGAAACAAAGUAAGUACAGUAGUCUUAAUGAAGCUAUGACCCUUCGCAGUCGUAAUCGCAGUUUAACCAAUUGCAAAUUUAGCCCGAAGUUGCCGUUAAGUCAAUUCUUAAGGUCGUUCUUCUGUAGUCGAACCUGCGGUGAGAUUUUUGUCAAACUUUGCCGAUUGGUUGUUGUUUGAAAUAAAAUCGCGGGUUCCCCAUACUCGUUUUGGAGCAGGAGCAACUUGUCAGUGCGCAAUGAUUCCUUAAGAUACCAUGGAAGCUUCGGCAUCGUCGACGGCGAUGGCAGCGAAAACGUCACUUUUAAAAUGAAUUUGAUUUUUUUUGGUGUGCUUAUUCCAGUUCAAUGAAAAUGUGAAGAUGUAGGUGAAUUUCUUGGGCACCGCACUCAAGUUUAGAUAGAGAAAGAAAAAAAUUCGUCCUCGCUUGUUUACGUCCUCCAUAAAACGUGAAACUAGCUUUUUCACAUCUUAGUUGUGCAGUGACGGCAAAGAAAUGUAGAAAAAGUGUGAUGCACGUGCGAAGUUGUUGUUUAGUUAAUAUAAACCUAUGCUUUUUUACCUUUCUCGUUGCGGUCGCCGUCGUCAUUGCUAAAGCUGCCGACUAUGAUUAUAUUUAUGAGUACAUGCUUUGAACACGUUUCCGAUGGUCGUUUCUCUUUCUACGGUAGAACGUAAGAACGUUACUGCUCAUUUUAAAAGAAGAGAAAAAAUAAUAGGUCACCAUUCUCGUUUACGAGAAAAUGAAGAUUUAACUCUCUGGGAGCUCCACUCCAGUCUCAAGGCAAAAGCCGCCUUGUUUUAAGUGCGUGCGUCCUGUUAUGAUCUGUUGUGAAGUCAUGCGCAAUGCAAUACGAAGGAAUAACCUGAAAUCCCGUCUCAUUUAUUUUCAUUUCUUUUUUCAGACACGUGACUGUAAACGUUGAUCGCGGAAUAGGCUGGGAUUCGGCAGUGGAGCAGUUACAAGACAAUGGAAAAAACAAGUUUGACGGGUUUUAUUGUUCCAAAAGGGAACAGAAAGGGAGACGGCUUUACCUUCUAGCGAUACAAAAGGAGUCUUCCACCCAUCUUUUUAACAUUACAAGGUAAAUGUAAGGGCGAAAAGCUGCUUAUCACGCAUGUGAACGCCCUAAAAGUUCAAAUUUUAGGUUGGUUGGUUGGUUGGUUUAAAUAUCGUAAGUCCUCUCUACAGCCCUGCCCUCCCUCGUAAAUAAGCACCCUCCCCUCUAACGUUUCUUCUAGACUAAUCCGGUAUUGUUCAUUAACCAGAUUCAGAGACUUAAAGUUGUGAUUUCUACCUGCAAACAAUAAAGUACAUGCGAUUAAGCGUCCCAGGAUCUAAGCUCCCGGCGCGUCCAAACGAAUUAAAAUGAAUUCGAUUUAUUAUGACAGUUUGAAGCUUGCUUAAAAACUAGUAAAUGCUAAACGUUUCUUGUUCAGCACUGCUAUAGAAUGUUUCGAAGCACCUUUUCUAUUUUGGUGAUAAACCCCUCCUUUUAUUAGCUCUCUUAAAACCCCUUAAGAAAAUGUAUAAACCCAGGGCUUAUAAGCGACAUAUUACGUUUUUGGAAUUUCUACCCAAAGAUAAUUUCCGCUUUUACUUCGUUUUCUUUUUGUGCGGACCAAACACAGGACGGUCUCCUUUUGAAGAAGAAAAAACUGAUCUUCUGCACAAGUACAACAGGAUUUCACUGGAAGAUGCAGGUAAGGGAGACGGGCCUAGUUAGGCUACCUUUUGUAUUUACCACCGGGAAGCCGUGUGAAAUCAAAAGUGCUGUCCGCGUGUUUUACUGUGAUCUGUUUGAAAUCUAGUGCACUGCACGGGUGCCAGCCCGUCCUAAUUUGUAAAAGAUAGGCGAAUAUUCCUGGAGCUAAAUUCUUCAAAACUGUAGUUAUCUUCAACAAGAUAAAUAAAAAUUCGUCGUCGUCUCGUCCUCCAUAAAACGACGCUUUAGGGGGUUUUACGUCGUAGUCGUGCAGUGGACGUUAAAGAAAUGUACUAAAAAGCGUAGUGUACGUGUAGAGCUAUUGUUUUGUUCAUAAAAUGAAUUUUUUGAUGUUCUCGCUGCCGUCGUCGUUGUGGUUGCAGAGCUUUUGAAAUGAAUGCCAGUAAAAUAAAAUAAUUGUUGUAACUUCAUGUUUUGCUAAUCGUUUAACAGGUUACACGUAAAGUAAAGCUCGUAAAAUGUCAAGUACUUUGAUUGGUCAGGAACUAAAUACCGUUGUAUGCUUUUGAUUCAGUAGAAGCUUGAUGGAAAGCACAGUACGAAAGAACCAGAGAUCAAUGUAUUCACGGAUUAGGCUGCAAGACUGGACCUUC